AACAGUCAAAUUUACCUAACCUCAAUAAUUUGAAAAUUGUCUGAUUAAAGAGGUUUUUUUUUGCAAAAAAUGGAUGAAAUCAAGCUAGAUUUGCCCCAAAUCAAACAAGAUUUGCUGAAGGGCAUCAUUGCGUGCUCACAACGCGGUUUAAAUCAUAGUGCAAAGUGGUUAUCUGAGCUUCACUACUCCCUAGCAUACAUAAAACCCAGUUCCGAGGAAAACAUGUACUUUAAAAAUGACUGUGAGGGCGAAAUGGAAGCAUAUUUCAUGGCUAAAAGCUACUUCGACUUGAAGGAGUAUGACCGAUGUGCUCAUUUUUUGAAAAAUUGCACAAAACCCAAGACACGAUUUUUGUAUUUCUAUGCCCGGUAUUUGUCGAUUGAGAAGAAAAAAUUGGAUAAUAUGACCGACACGAAUUGUCCUCCCGAUCCUACGGAAAACAAUGACUUGACCGAGUUAUGUAGGGAAUUAAAAAGUGAUUAUUACGAGAAUAAAUUGGACGGUUUUUGCUUGUAUUUAUACGGGAUUAUUGUGAAAAAACUAGACAUGAUUUCGUUGGCGAUCAGUGUUUUUGUCAAGUCAGUAAAUCUGGAGCCCCUCUUGUGGUGCUCUUGGUACGAACUCGGCAAAAUAAUCCCUGACAAAAACAAGAUUUUCUCAGUUCAACUUCCUGACCAUUGGAUGAAACAUUUCUUCCUGGCCCACGCAUACCUCGAGCAAUUGAACAACGACGAAGCUUUACAAAUUUAUUUCGAACUUUAUUCACAUGGAUUAAAAAACAGUACUUAUCUAAUGGCUCAAAUCGCAAUAGGCCACCACAACCGGCGAGAUUUGUUCCAAGCUAUCGACUUGUUUAAAGAGAUCUUAACUGUGGAUCCUUACAGACUAGAUAAUUUGGAUACUUACUCGAAUCUCUUGUAUGUGCAAGAAAUGAAGACCGAUUUGGCGGAUUUGGCUCACAAAGUCGUCCUGGUUGAUAAAUACAGGGUUGAGACGUGUUGCGUUAUUGGAAAUUAUUACAGUUUGAGGUCAGAUCAUGCCAAGGCUGUGCUGUAUUUUCGACGGGCUUUGAAGCUUAAUCCUCAGUUUUUGUCGGCGUGGACGCUAAUGGGGCACGAGUACAUGGAGAUGAAAAACACAAAUGCGGCUAUUCAGAGCUAUAGACACGCUAUUGAAAUUAAUAAUCGGGAUUAUAGGGCUUGGUACGGCCUCGGCCAAACUUACGAAAUCCUCAAAAUGUACUUUUAUUGUCUCUACUAUUACAAACAAGCCCAACAAUUAAAACCUAAUGACAGUCGCAUGAUUAUCGCUCUUGGUGAAACUUACGAAAAAUUGGAAAAGACUGAAAAUGCCCUCAAAUGUUACUACAAGGCUUGCACAGUUGGUGAUAUUGAAGGCCAAGCUUUGAUCAAACUUGCAAAGCUUUACGAUAAAUUGAAAGAAGAAGACAACGCGGCAGCCGCGUUUACCGAGUAUUGUUUGAGAGAAGAUGAGAAUAAGGCAAGGUUCAAUGAAGACCAAACUGAAUUUUACAGCGCUUUCCAAUAUUUAGCGAAUUAUCAUUUAAAAAGAGGACAUUUGGAUGAAGCAAAAACUUACGCUAACAAGUGCCUGGAGAAUGAGAAGGCAAAAGAAGUUGCAAAAGCACUACUAAAGGAAAUAGCAAUAAAAAGAUUAUUAAUCGAAAGCACGGAUUCAGAGGCUGUUCCAAUGGAUGAAACUGUUGGAAAUAUUUUGUCUCCGGAAGACGAUGGGCCCUCUGAUAUGGACAUUACUAAUACUUCGUCUAGGUAACAUUUAUACAAAUUAUCUUAUUCAUGAAAUAAAGUUUUUUUAUAAGAU